CCCGGGGCCAGGAAGGGGAACGAGCCGCCGCCUGCCAGCCCCGCCAGAGGAGAAGCCCAACAACUUUUCUUUUGUGCGUGGCCGCUGGCUCCCCGGCCCUCCCCGGCUGCCAGCGCUCAUGGCGGAUUAAACCCCGUGCGCCCCCGGUCCGGGCAGUGACCUGGCAGCCUCGCAAAGAUGCCUCUUCACGGCGCGAGAGCUGCGGCUCUCCUCGCUUGGGUGAACAGCACAAAAGUUUGUGUCGAUCCCCUCGAUGAUCUAUCCCAGCUCCAGGACUGUGGCGUCUUCAUCAGGAUCAUCAACAAGAUCCACAGGAGCGAGGAGGGGGAGUCUGUGCUGGAGCAGCCGCUGCCGGAGAGGAUCUCCUUCAUCCGCGGCUUCCUGCAGAAGCACUGCAAGCACAAAUCAGCUGCGGAGAACCUGUUCUCGGCACAGAAGCUGCUGGAGGGAGAGGAGCUGGCGUUGGCCAAGGUGGCCGUGCUGCUUCUGUAUCACACCUCCAUGAGCUGCAAGAACCCUGGGGACUGGAAUGAGUUUGACUACAAGACCCAGGUUGAGCUGGCAUCGAUCCUCAAAUUUGUGCUGGACAACGAGGAGAGCCUGAAUGAGAAUCUGGAGACGUUUCUGCAGAGGAAAGCGCCGCUGUCCUCGUCCAGCAGCAGCUCCGAGGAGCACUCCCUGCUGCUCUCCCUCCCGCAGAAGCGAGAGGUGCGUUUCCUGGAGCUGCAGAAGAUUGCCUCCUCCUCCGGCGCCAACAACAUGCUCCCCGGCCCUCCGUCCUCACCCAUGGGGGACGUCAUGCAGACCCCCCAGUUCCAGCUGCGACGGCUGAAGAAGCAGCUGGCUGUUGAGAGAGAGAACCGGGACGAGCUGGAGGUGGAGCUGGCAGAGAAUCGCAAACUCAUCACGGAGAAGGAGGCUCAGAUCACCAUGAUGCAGCAGCGGAUCGACCGCUUGGCUCUGCUCAACGAGAAGCAAGCUGCAGACCAGCUGGAGCCCAAGGAAAUGGAGGAGCUCAGGGAGAAGAACGAGAGCCUGAUGGUGCGCUUGCACGAGGCCCUCAAGCAGUGCCAGGACCUGAAGACUGAGAAAGGUCAGAUGGACCGAAAAAUCAAUCAGCUCUCCGAGGAGAACGGGGAUCUUUCCUUCAAGUUGCGGGAGAUCGCCAGCCACUUGGUCCAGCUGCAGGAAGCCCUGAACGAGCUCUCAGAGGAGCACAACGCGGCCCUGGCGCAGUCGCAGGAAAAGCAGGGGCAGCUGGAGAGCGAGCUGCGUGCUGCCCUGCAGGAGAAGAAAUGCUCGGAAGAGAAGAUUGAGAUUCUCCAGGGGAAGAUCUCUCUGCUGGAGGAUCAGCUGGCCAAGCUGGGGGACUGCAGUGCUCAGGAGAAGGGAGAGGUCAUGGGGGACAUCCUGAAGCUGGAAGAGCUGAAGCAGGAGGUGUCCAGCCUCACCGCUAAAGGGGCCGAGCUCCAGGCCACCGUCCUGCGGCUGGAGGAGGAGAAGCAGCUGCGGGAGUCAGCCCUGCAGUCCGAACGCGGCCGCUUUGAGGAGGAGAAGCAGCAGCUGGGCGGCCUCGUCGCCAACCUCCAGAGCUCCCUCUCCGAGAGCCACCGGGCCAGGGAGAGGCUGGAGCAGGACCUGCGGGCACGGGAGGCUGAGGCCGGGCGGCUGGCUGCCCUCGAUGCCCAACACGAGAAGACCCUCCGGGAGAGGGACUCUGCCCUGCAGCAGCUCCAGCACCUGCGGGAGGCCAACGCGUCCCUGAGCAGCCAGCUGCAGGCCAUGGCGCAGGCCCAGGACGCCAGCCAGGCCGCCUCAGCGGAGGAGAAGGCCGAGCUGAGCCGCAAGGUCAGCGAGCUGGAAGCCAGGAUCCUGGAGCUCGGUGCCCAGCGGCAGCAGGGAGUGGCAGAGGGGCUGAAAGCCCAGCUGCGGGAGCUGGAGGGCAGGCUGAAGGAGAGCCAGCAGAGGCUGGCCGAGAGGGAGAGGCUGGCCCGGGAGAACACCCGUCUGCAGGAGAGGCUGCUCUUCCUGGAGGAAUCUCUGCGGAACACCGAGGGCAUCCUGGAGGAUGAGAAGAGGCGGGCGGCUGAGAGCCUGGAGGGCAGCCUGGCCAGGAUUGCUGAGCUGGAGGCGGAGAGGCAGCAGCUGGUGCAGGGCCGGGAGCCAGGUCUGCAGGAGCGGGGCGAGGAGCCGGCCAAGUGCCGGACGCUGGAGGAGAGCCGGGAGAAGGCGAUGGGAGCCUCCCUCGCUGCCCGAGGGGAGGACGGAGAGCACGGGCGGCUGGAGGAGGAGAUGCGGGUGCUGAGCCGGGAGCAUGGCCGGGCCUGCCAGCAGCUGCAGGCCGAGCAGGAGAAGGCGGCCGCGCUGGAGGCCCGGAUAGGGCGCCUGGCCGCUGAGCACCAGGAGAGGCUGGCCGCUCUCCAGGCCGACCUGUCUGGCGCCCGGGCGUGGGCGAAGGAGAAGGAGGGCGAGGAGCAGAAGCUGAAGGCCGAGGUCUCUUCCCUGCGGGAACAGAUGGCCGUCGCGGAGCAAGCUGCGGCCCAGCGCGCGGCCGGGCUGGAGGCGGAUGCACGGAGAGCUGCCGAGGCGCUGGAGGGGGUCUCCCAGCAGCUCUCCCAGGAGAAGCUCAAAUCCAAGGAGCUGGAAGCCGCCGUGGAGCGGCUGCGGAGCACGGAGGCCGAGCUCUCCAGGGCAGCCGCUGUCGGCAGGCAGCGGGAGCUGGAGGUGGAGGUGGAGGUGGAGAAGCUGUCCGGGGAGGUGACCCUGCUGGGCUCCAGGUUGGAGGAGACGCUGCGGGAGCACCGGCGGGACCUGGUGCACUGGGAGGAGGAAGCCGAACGCCUGCGGCAGGAGACGGAACGGGCCAAAGCGGACUGCGCCGCCGAGCGAGCCCGCAAGGCAGAGCUGGAGGCGCAGCUGCAGAACUCCCUCAACGAGCAGAGGGUGGAGCGGUCGGUGCACCGGGAGGAGCUGGCCCGGUCCCGGGGGCUGGUGGAGGAGAAGGAGGGGGAGCUGGAGGAGCUCCGUCGGAAAAACGUCUCGCAGGGUGAGGAGCUGAGGGACCUGCAGAAGACGGUCAGCAAGCUGAAAGGAGAGCUCGCCUCAGCGGAGGCGGCCAAGGAGCGGGUGCCCAAGGUGGACAACGAGCUGCAGGGCUCCUCGGAGGCCGCCCGGAGCAGGGACGCAGAGGGGGACAGCGGCAAGGCUACCUGCUCGAAGGAGAUGUUCCUCAAAAGCUCGGAGGAGAAGAGCCGUCACAGGGAGCAGGAAUCCAGCUCGAGUCGAGACCUUUACCAGGAGAAGCUGAAGGAGACCCAGGCGCUUCGUUUGCAAGUGGAGGAGCUGGAGCAGCAGUGCAGGGAGCAGCAGGAGGCUAUGGCCGCCCUCGAGCGAGCGGCGACCGAGGCGGCGAGAGCGGAGCAAGCGGAGCUUGAGGCCUCGAGGAGGGAAGCGGCCCAGCAGAAGGAGAAGGCGUCAGAGCUGCAGAAGCUGUUGGAGGCCUCGAGGUCGGCGCAGGCUCUGCACAACGGCACCGUGGAGGCCCUGCGGAAGGAGCUGCAGGAGAAGGGCAGGGAGCUGAUGCAGAGCAAAACCGCCAUCGCCGCCGCUGAGAAGGAGCUGGCGUCCCUCCGCUCCGCGGCGCAGGAGAAGGGCAGGUCAGAAGAGAGCUGGAAGGAGCAAGUGUCCCAGUGCGUCCAGGAAAUGGAAAGGAAGAACAGCCUGAUCGGCAGCCUGGAGCACGAGGUCUCCAUCCUCCAUCGGCAGGUGACGGAGAAGGAGGGGGAGAGCAAGGAGCUGAAGCGCCUGAUCGUCGCUGAGUCGGAGAAGAGCAAGAAGCUGGAGGAGAGGCUGCGGGUGCUGCAGACGGAGAUGGCCACCGCCGCCUCCCGGGCGGCCGAGAGGUGCUCGCUCAUGAAGGUGGAGGUGCAGCGGUGCCAGGAGGAGAUGGAGAAGCAGCGGUUGGCCAUCGAGGCCCUGAAGAGGGACCGCCAUUGCCAGAGCGAGCGGGAGGACGAGCUGCGCCAGGAGGUGAAGGUCUGCCAGGACAAGUGCCUCCAGAAGGAGCAGCUCCUCGCCACCCUGCAGCAGGAGCUCGGCAGCGCCCAGGCGCUCGCCGGGGAGCUGCCGGCGCUGAAACACCUUUGCCAGCAGCUGCAGGCUGAGCGCGCCUCCCUGGAGAGCCAGCAUCGCCAGGACCUGGAGCAGAGCGCGAAAGCCCUGGCCGCUCUGCGAACGGAGCUGGCGCGGGCCAAGCUGGAGGCAGCCGAGGUGCCCUCCCUGCGGGAGCGGUCGGCGGAGCAGGACCGGGCUGUCCAGCGGCUGCAGGCGGAGGCGGCGGAGCAGGCGGCGCGGCUGGCGGGGCUGCAGCAGGCCAACGCUCGGCUGGCCGAGGAGAACCGGGGGCUCGGCGAGAGCCGGAGCCGCGGGCAGCAGCGGCUCGAGACGGAGCUGGGCCAGGCCAGGGAGCGGCACGCGCGGGAGCUGGAGCGGCUGCGGUCGGCGUCGGAGGAGCUGGUGGCUGGCAGCCGGCAGGAGGUCGAGGAGGCGGCGCGGAAGCUGGAGGCGAUGAGUAACGAGUACGAGAGCAGCAAGGCGGCGGCGCUGGAGGAGAGGAGGAAGCUGCUGGAGGAGAGGCAGAGGCUGACGGCUCAGGUGGAGCAGCUAGAGGUAUUUCGGAAAGAACAAGCUAAGCAGGUAGAGGAGCUGAAUAAAAAGCUGGCCCAGCACGAGAAGGCCACCCGAACCCAGCAGCAGAAGGUUAAGGUGCUGGAAGGGGAGCUGCAGGCAGAGGCCACCCGACAGCAGGAGAAGGUGGCAGAGCUGCAGGCGCAGCUCACCCAGAAGGAGCAGGCGGCCGAGCACUACAAAGCCCAGAUGGAGAAGGCAAAAACUUACUAUGAUGCAAAGAAGCAGCAGAACCAAGACCUGGCAGAGAAGCUGAAGGCCAUGGAGCAGCUGCAGAAGGAGAACGUGGAGCUCCGGACUGAGUCAGAGAGGUUGGCCAAGGAGCUGCAGCAGAGCAUCCUGCAGGCCAAGGAGUCGGAGCUGAGCUGCAGGAACCUCACCAGCCAGGUCCACAGCCUGGAGGCUCAGGUGGAGUUUGCCAAUCGGCAGCUACAGGAGCUUGGCAAGUUCCAGGCGGUGACGGACACGCUGAAGGGCCAGGAGACUUUCCGCCAGAACAUCGCUGAUCUCAGCGCCGACAGCCUCGACCUCAGUCUCGACGAAGCGCAGCCGCUCAACUCCACCAGGAAGGCUGGCCGCUCGCAGUCAGAGGCCUCGGCGGUGCCGCCAGGCAGCGAGGAGUCACUGGCGUCCCGGCGGCUGCCCCGCAAGGUGGAGUCCCUGGAGAGCCUCUACUUCACCCCCAUCCCCAGCCGCACGCGGUCCCAGCUGGAGAGCAGCGCCGGCUCCCUGGGAGACCUCUCGCUCGACUCCGGGUGCAAGACCCGCUCGGCCCGGCGCCGCACCACCAUCAACAUCACCAUGACGAAAGUGAGCGGCGGGGGGAGCCCCCGGGCGUGGGGCAGCAAAGUCAAUGCCAAGACUGAGGAACCGGACAGUGCCAACGUCUCCUUCUGCAGCAUCCCGGCGGCUCAGCCUCCAAACGCCGACCCCGGCAAGGGCCGGCUGCGCUCGGCCGCCUCCACCCGCUCCCUCGCCAGCUUCCCCUCCCAGGAGUCCCUCGUCAAGCUGGAAACUUCCUCCCCGCAGGAGACCCCCAGCAAUUCGGCGCUGCUGGGCCUCCCUGGCUACCGCCCGGUCACUCGCAGCUCCCUGAGACGUUGGCAGGGCAGCGGCAGCAGCUCCAGCCUCGGCCGGAGCAGCAUCUACCUGGGCACGUGCCAGGACGAGCCGGAGCAGCUGGACGACUGGAACCGCAUUGCGGAGCUGCAGCAGCGCAAUCGAGCCUGCCCGCCCCACCUGAAGACCUGCUACCCCCUGGAGACCAGGCCCUCCAACUCCUUGGGGACCAUCACGGAUGAGGAGAUGAAGACGGGUGACCCGAAGGAGACGCUGCGGCGUGCCAGCAUGCAGCCCUCGCAGAUCGCUGCCGGCACGGCCACCCGGCGCAGCACCCUGGGCAUGGCCUGGGCCGGCGGCAUCACCACCCGGCAGCAAAGGAAGCGCCUCUCGGACGAGUCCCACCAGGGCCCCGACACCCCCGAGUCCAAGAAGCCGACCAGCUGCUUCCCACGUCCCCAGACCCCCCGGGAGCGCAGCGAGCGGCGCAGCUCCCAGGUCAGCCGGAGGAGCGAGCAACAGGCUCCCAGCAAGCAGGCCGAGAGGCGCCAGUCGAUGGCGUUCAGCAUCCUCAACACCCCAAAGAAGCUGGGGAACAGCCUGCUGCGCCGGGCGGCCGGCCGGAAAACCACCCCCAAGAACUCCCCCCAUGGCAGCGCCCGCCGCUCGCCCCGCAUCGCCACCGCCAAGUCCCCCAAGGGCAAGGCCAGUCGCCGAUCGCUCAAGGACACGAAAUUCUGAGGUUUCCCCGGCCGUGCUGCACCCUGCCCGGGGGGGGGAGCGUCCCCUGCCCCCCCCGCUGCCAGCUCUGCCCUGUGCCCCCUCGCCUCCCCCUGCCCGCCGGUGCUGAGGGUACGUCCCCAGGGCCCCGCAGCGCUGGGGGGGGGGGUAGAUGGGGCCACCCUCCCCUGUGCCAUUGCCCUGCACAUCCCACCCUCACGCCAAGGCCCCUGGGCUGUGGGGGGCGGCUCCGGCAGCCCCAGCACCCUUCCUGUUGCACCCAGCGUCACUCCUCUUCUGCACCCACCUGGAGCCCAGCGCAGGGCGGGGGGGGGGGUAUGUGCAGGGGGGGGGGCAUGUGCGGGGGGGGGGGGGCCCGAGGGGGCUGCCUGUGGCUGGAAACACCCGUGGGUGCAGGCAGCAGGGGUUGGCCUCGGCGUUUGUGUGCAGCGCCGGCCCUUGCUGCAUGGUUAUGCCGGGCUGGGGCCAGGGGCUGAGCCCCCCCGGGGGAUCCUGCAGCCCCAGGGCUGGGACGGGGGGGGGGGGGGAUGGAGCGUCCCCAGGGCCCCCAGCCUGCACCCCGUGUUCGGGAGCCCCUGGGGCUGCGGACAGCCAGGCCGGGCGGUGACACCCCUCACCAGCAGUCACAGCCCCAAGGCGCAACCGCAGCUCCCCACUGCCUGCCACUCCCUUCCUGCUGCUCCCCGGGGAGGGGGGGGGGGACAGUGGCAUUUUUAAAGUGUUUCUACUUGUAAAUAAAUUGUAUUUUUCUCCUGC